CAUUAUGCCUCACUCAGUAGCGACGAUGGAACCCCCCGCCCAACCCGAUAAUGAAACCCUCCCCGAUGCUCCAGAAGAGGCAAAUGGGGUCAAAUUAGAAGAUAUGUUCGACGAUGAUGAUGACGAAGAGUUCCCUGCAUCGAGCGCGCGGGACGUGAAGAUGGAGAGUUCUCCAGCUCCUGCACCGGAACCUGUACCAGCGCCAUUCCAGUCGGGUGUGGACUCGGAUGUCAUGCUCGCCUUCUACCAACGCCUCUUCCCAUUUCGCUAUCUUUUCCAGUGGCUGAACCACGGAAUUGUGCCUACUCGGGAGUUUGGCAACCGCGAAUUCGCCCUGACCCUCCAAAAUGACGCCUACCUCCGAUACCAAUCUUACCCCACCGCAGACUUGUUCCGAAAAGACAUCCUUAAAAUGAACCCAUCUCGUUUCGAAAUCGGACCCGUUUACAGCACCAAUCCUCGCGACCGCAAGACCCUACGAGGAGGCCAGAUGAAACCAGUCUCGAAAGAACUGGUUUUCGAUAUCGAUAUGACAGAUUACGACGACAUCCGAACAUGCUGCUCAGGCGCUAGUAUCUGCGCCAAGUGCUGGGCAUUUGUCACUAUGGCAAUCAAGGUGAUUGAUGCCGCCCUCCGGGAGGAUUUCGGUUUCGAGCAUAUCCUAUGGGUCUACUCGGGUCGUCGUGGUGCUCACGCCUGGGUUUGCGAUCCGCGCGCCCGUAACAUGCCCGAUGACCGACGAAGGGCAAUUGCUGGCUACCUCGAAAUAGUUAAGGGAGGAUCCUCAAGUGGCAAGAAAGUCAACCUAAAGCGACCUCUGCACCCGCAUAUCACUCGCAGUCUUGACAUUCUCAAGAACCACUUCGGACAGACGACACUUAUUGACCAAGAUACGUUCACAAGCUCCGAACAGGCCGAAAAGCUUCUCAACCUGCUCCCGGAUAAAUCGCUGAAUGACGCCUUGCGGAGGAAAUGGAGCUCCUCCCCUGAUCGUCCUAGCACCAGUAAAUGGGCCGAUAUUGAUGCAUUGGCCAAAACUGGAAAGAGCAGCACAUUGAAUACCUCUACGCUGCGCGAUGCUAAGCAAGACAUCGUACUGGAAUACACCUACCCACGUCUUGAUGCCGAGGUUAGCAAGAAGAUGAUUCACUUGUUGAAGAGUCCAUUUGUUAUUCACCCUGGCACUGGCCGAAUUUGCGUUCCAAUCGAUCCUAAGAAGGCUGAUGAAUUCGACCCCUUGUCUGUCCCGACUGUGCUGGGUCUCCUUGGGGAGAUUGAUGAAUACGAUGCCAAACAUCCCGCUGGCACCGAGACUGAGAUGCCUGAUGCAAAUGGCAGUGCAGCGAACGGUUCUGACAUCAGAGGACCUCGCAAAAUGCAGGACUAUGAGAAGACUAGUCUGAAGCCCUACAUCGAUUUCUUCCGGUCGUUUAUUGCGGGUCUAAUCAAGGAAGAGCGGGCCGGCAAGCGAGAGCGUGAUGAGACUGGACCGAAGAUCAAAGCUGAUCCGAUGGAAUUUUGA